AUUUGGGUGAAUUAUGCCAGAAAAAAAAUACAGUUUUUUUUUUCCCUUUUUUUAAUUUACUGAUUCAUUGAAAUGAGCGAAGCACAGCAUCUCGAAGAUUUAGACGAUGAUUACGUUCCUUAUGUUCCGCUAAAACAGAGACGUUUAGAAAAGCUUCAUAGAUAUGCCACACAACGCCAUCGAUCAAGUCAUUAUCGACAACAUGACGAAGAAGAAGAAGACGAACCAGUCAAUGAUGUUGCUGGGCCCAGAGCCAACAUGAGUUUGUUGGAUCAAACAGUUCAACAACGAUUAUCCAAUGCCAUUCCAGAGAAAACUGAAGAAGAGAAGCGAUUAGAAGAAGAAAGAAGGAUUGAAGAAGCACAGGCACGUCAUAAAGCUUUAGUUUCAGUACAAGAAGCUGCAGCUGGCAAAGUGUAUACCGAACCGAUGAAAUCAUCUUGGCAGCCUCCAAGAUAUAUUCGAGAAAUGCCAGUGGAAGAGCAACAAAGGAUACGCAACAAGUACCAUAUUAUUGUCGAAGGCGAGGAUCAAGUACCACCCAUCACUGAUUUCAGAGAUAUGAAGUUCCCUGAACCAAUUUUAAAGUAUCUAAAGGAAAAAAAGAUCGAUAAACCAACACCUAUCCAACUACAAGGAUUACCAGUUGCAUUAAAAGGACGUGACAUGAUUGGUAUUGCGUUUACAGGAUCUGGCAAGACACUGUCAUUUUCAUUGCCUUUAGUCAUGUUUGCACUGGAAGCGGAAGUAAGACUACCAUUGACGCAGGGUGAGGGACCUGUUGGUAUGAUUUUAUGCCCAUCUAGAGAACUAGCAAGACAAACAUUUGAAGGAUUAUCCACUAUGGCGGCAGCAUUGGUCAAGGGAGGAUAUCCUGAACUAAGGCCAUUACUGUGUAUUGGUGGCAUAGAUAUGAGGGAGCAAUAUGAUGUUCUCAAAAGAGGUAUUCAUAUGGUAGUUGCGACACCAGGACGGUUGAUAGAUUUAUUGAACAAAAAGAAGAUCAAUUUGGAUAACUGUAAAUAUUUAUGUAUGGAUGAAGCCGAUCGCAUGAUUGAUAUGGGAUUUGAAGAGGAUGUGCGAACUAUUAUGUCCUACUUCAAGAGUCAGCGUCAAACUAUUCUGUAUUCAGCAACCAUGCCGAAAAAGAUUCAAGAGUUUGCAUUGUCUGCGUUAGUCAAGCCAAUAAUAGUCAAUGUAGGAAGAGCCGGCGCAGCCAACUUGGAUGUUAUUCAAGAAGUAGAGUAUGUAAAGCAAGAAGCAAAGAUGGUAUAUUUACUUGAAUGUCUGCAAAAGACACCACCACCAGUUCUUAUCUUUGCUGAAAAUAAAAAUGAUGUGGAUGAUAUCCAUGAGUAUCUGCUGUUGAAAGGCGUGGAAGCCGUUGCUAUUCAUGGCGGCAAAACACAAGAGGAACGUGAAUAUGCUAUUCAAUCGUUCAAAAACUAUAAAAAGGAUGUGCUUGUGGCUACUGAUGUAGCAUCAAAGGGUCUUGACUUUGCCGAAAUUAAACAUGUUAUUAACUUUGAUAUGCCUAAAGAAAUCGAAGAUUAUGUUCAUAGAAUUGGUCGUACUGGCCGAAGCGGUAAAACUGGUAUUGCUACCACCUUUAUCAAUCAGCAUUGUUCAGAACAGAUAAGACUAGACUUGAAGCAUUUGCUAAAGGAAGCCAAACAGCGCAUUCCACCUUUCUUGGCUAUUAUGGAAGAUCCUACCGAGAAAUAUGGAGGAUUGUCAGGAGGAUGUUCCUUCUGUGGCGGUCUUGGUCACCGCAUUAAUGACUGUCCAAAAUUAGAGCAACAGCGAAGACAGCAAAUGAAUUCCAUUAUGAGCAGUCGACAUAUAGGAGGUGGUAGCUUUUAAUUAUACCUUGGCUUAUUGCUGAUUUGCACAAGUUUGUAUGUAUGUAGACUAAAUACGAAAAAAAGAAAAGGAAUACAAAUAAAUUCAAUAAUAAAGUCAUACUGUCUCCUUGCUGUUUGCAUUAUAAUCAAUAGGGAAGGAGAUAACUCGAGGCUAUUCAUAUUAAAAAAAGAGAAUGAUAUAUUUGCUGAAAUACCAUUAUCGUUGGCUAUUGUUCAUAGUGCAUUGUUGCUAGAAACGGAGCCUAUUUGGUACCAUGUUACUUAG